ACGGGGAAAAAAUCUCUCUCUCUUCGCUAAAUUCUUCGACAACAUGAGCGAUACAAGGAGGAUCGUCCUGCUGGGGAAGACCAGUGUUGGGAAAAGCAGCCUAGCAAACACCAUAUUUGGAGACACUGUAUUCGAGAUUGCCAGUUCUCCAAACUCCCAGACUAGUAUUUGUAAAGCAGAGUCCAGAUCUGUCAGUGGCAGAAGCGUCACUUUGAUUGACACCCCUGGAUUCUUUGACUCAGAGAAAACUGAGGAGCAGCUUAAGAAAGAGAUGGUGAAGUGUGUCUUAGAGUGUGCUCCUGGGCCUCACGCUUUUCUCAUCGUGCUCAAAGUGGAGAGAUACACAGAUCAUGAGGAGGCCCUUGUCAAAAAGAUUUCCCAGUAUUUCUCUGAAGAAGCUUUCAGAUAUGCUGCAGUUGUCUUCACCCACGGUGACCAGCUUGAUGAAGCAAUGAAAAUUCAUGACUUUGUCAAUCAGAGUGAAGGUCUGAGUGAUCUUGUGGAGAAGUGUGGUGGCCGCUGUCACGUCAUUGAUAACAAAUACUGGUGGAACAACCAGCAAGAUCCCUACAGGAGCAACCAGUUCCAGGUGGCUCAGCUGCUCUGCACAAUAGACGAGAUAAUUGAGCAAAAUAAUGGACGCUGUUACACCAAUGAAUUGUUAGAGGCAGCAGAGAGAGAAAUACAAAAGGAAGAAGAGCGUAUUAGACAGUCAUCAAGAAACAUGUCAGAGAUAGAGAUCAGGGAAAAGACUGAAAUCGGUGCUUUGAAGAGAUUGUGCCACAUACACCUCAGUUCUGCUUUCAACUCCAUCCACUGCCACCAGAUGAUUGGGAAACUUCACCACCUCUCAUUCACUGGAUAUACUAGGAGGAUCGUUCUGCUGGGGAAAACCGGAGCCGGGAAAAGCAGCCUAGCAAACACCAUAUUUGGAGAGCCUGUGUUCAAAGUCAGCUGCUCUACCAGUGUUUGCCAAGCAGGGUCCAGAUCUGUCAACAGCAGAAGCGUCACUUUGAUCGACACUCCUGGAUUCUUUCACACAGAAAAAACUGAGGUGCAGCUGAAGAAAGAGAUAGUGAAGUGUGUCAUAGAGUGCGCUCCUGGGCCUCAUGCUUUUCUCAUCGUGCUCAAGGUGGGAACACACACAGAUCAAGAGGAGGCCGUUGUCAAAAACAUCUGUGAAUAUUUCUCUCAAGAGGUAUUUAGGUAUGCUGCAGUUGUCUUCACCCACGGUGACCAGCUUGUUGAAGCAAUGAAAAUCCACGACUUUGUCAGUCAGAGUAAAGGCCUGAGUGGUCUUGUGGAGAAGUGUGGUGGCCGCUGUCACGUCAUUGAUAACAAAUACUGGAAGAACACCCAGCAGGAUCCCUACAGGAGCAACCAGUUCCAGGUGGCUCAGCUGCUCUGCACAAUAGACAAGAUAAUUAAGGACAACAAUGGAGGCUGCUACACCACUGAGAUUUUAAAAGCUGCGGAGAGAAAAAUGCAAGAAGAGAAACAGAUAGAGAACAGCGACAAAGAGAAAAUCAGUGUAUUUAGGAGGUUUUUGAUCGGAUUUAGAAGGGUUGUAACAGGACAAUCAAUAAGAGCUUGCUUUGGUGUGGUGCUGACAGUAGGAUUUGCUGUCACAGCUGUGCUCUGCGCUUUAAAGUUUGUGAAAUUUUCAAGACUAACAAAAGUAGCAAGCGGAGAGGUGGCAGAACUGUAAUGGCAGUAUUAAAGGAAUACUCCAACAUUUUGGGCAAAAUAGCCGUUUCCCGACUUACCCAGACUGAGACAAGACCUUUGAUACUAUUUUCAUC